AUGGCCUCGGACGCCUCCGCCUUUGCCGCGACCGACGCCUCUCUCGCAACGCGCCCAGGUGCAACCCCUCCCGACUUCAUCCCUUCAGACGAUCCAGUGAGACUGUUGAAGCGGCCUCGCUCACCUUCGCCUGCCUCGCCGCGCUCCCAGUCGCAUCACAUCAUAUCCAUCGGCUCUCCGACAAAAGCCGCUCGCCUGGCUCUUGCGACCGGACCCUCUCCACUGCCCUUAACGGGUGCCGCCGCGCUCGAGGACGAGCGCCGGCGACGCGACGACAACAUCGACGACCAAGAUAUCCACGUCCAACACCAUCCGCCAAGUAGCGAAAACCCUAGCCACAAGGCUCUCGCUUCCCUCAUGUCCGGAGCGGUCCAAGCCAUGAGUCGCCCGGUGGACAUGCCCCAGCCAGCUCCUACGGCACCCAUGGAAGCCUCCCCCAAGGCGCCGAAUCCCGUAUCACUGGCGCAAACCGCGGCUGCCCAGAUUGUCGAGCGUGGCGAAACGAGCCCUCAAAGUGCAACCAGCGUCGGAGUUGCUGUCACAGAGAGCCCGGCCCCAAUGGAUAUUGACACCAAAGUCGAUCCCCAGACGUCGCAACAAGUUGUCGGCCAAGAAGAGAGGCCUCAGCCGGGGUCUUUGUCGUACCCGGGGUCUCUCCAGUCAAGUGGUCAUCUACCAGAGCCACCAGUUCGUGGAAUGAGCUUUCCUAUGCCCUCAUCGGGCCAGACAUCUCCCCCGGGAUCUGCGUCAAAGAAGCACAAGUGCCCAUACUGUAACACCGAAUUUACGCGCCACCAUAAUCUCAAGAGCCAUCUCUUGACUCACAGCCAGGAGAAGCCCUAUGUCUGCACCGAUUGUCAGAUGCGCUUCCGUCGUCUCCACGACCUGAAGCGCCAUGGUAAACUACACACUGGCGAGAAACCCCACAUUUGUCCAAAAUGCGAUCGCAAAUUUGCCCGUGGUGAUGCCUUGGCUCGUCACAGCAAGGGAGCUGGUGGAUGUGCAGGGCGACGGUCAAGCAUGGGUAGUUUCGCCGAUGGCGACGAGUUGGACGGGAGCAUGGUCGAUGCGGACGAUUCCACCAUGUCGGGCCUCCCUUACGAAGGAGAAGAGGACGAAUUGAGGCGGCAGAGUUUGCCCAGCAUCAACCCUCAGCAUGUCGCUGGAACACCGACGGAUGCGUAUGUUGCUCAUUCUCGAACGUAUCCACCAACAGGCGCUCGACCUGGUACCAGCGGAUUAUACCCUCCAAAUGUAAACCAGAGUCAGGCAAGCUCCAACGCAUCACCCAGCGUGACAAACAGUCUGGCGAGCAGCCACACCCCCAGCACGAGCAUCUCUUCUGUGCCUGUCGCUGCGGCUACUGCUGUCAUGUACCCCCAAACCGGCAUGACGGAGAGCCCGAAGCCGCUGAGUCCCGGUGUGCCUGCCCACGACUCAACCAAUAUUGCUCGACAGCGAUCGCCGAGUCUAUCGCAACAGCUCCAGCAACAGCAAUAUGGUCGACGGGCGUCAGACCUGCAAUCACCGCAUAGCGGGCAGCCUCGGCCUAAACUCCCUGGGCUGUCUCACCCUGGCUUUGCCGCACCAAGCUCGUCGGGAUUCACGCAUGCGCGAAGCGGGAGUGGAGCACAGGCAGGCGGCGAGAGCGGCAACAUGUUCGCGCAAAGCGACCCAAGCGUGUGGGCAUAUAUACAGACUUUGGAGGAGAAGGUCAAGUUACUAUCAGACAAGGUUGUAUCGCUGGACCAUGAGGUUUCUGGCCUGAAGCAGCAGAUUGAGAACCAAGAGGCGGCCGCCAGAGCGUGA